AUGUUGAAACUUUUGGGUCUUACCUCAGCGUCGCCGUCCGGGCCGGAAUUCUCGUCCUCAGAAGAACAGCGACGCGCCCUGCCGGCCUCAUGGUAUCGCUCCGAGGCCAUGUACGAACUUGAGCGCCGCGCUAUUUUUUCCCGCCAAUGGCUACUCCUCACACACAAUCUACGAUUUACAAAGGCCGGUGACUACGUCUCUUUUAAUCUUGCUGGCUUUCCCUUCUUCGUCGUCAAGGACCGUGAUGGAGAAUUCAAUGCCUUUCACAACAUUUGUCGCCAUCGAGCCUACCCCAUCAUUGAACAGGACAGUGGUACCGCUAGGAUUUUUUCCUGCAAGUAUCACGGCUGGUCGUACAGCCUCAAGGGCAGCCUGGCUAAGGCACCACGUUUUGAUACCGUCCCGACCUUCGAUAAGUCUCAAAACGGCCUGCUCCCCAUCCACACACACGUCGACAAUCUAGGCUUUAUCUGGGUGAAUCUUGAAGCGAGUGAAAAGCCAAGUAUCCCGUGGCACGCUGAUCUUGCCAUUGAUGCUCAACCACGGUAUGCUGUCUUCAACCUCAUGCGGGACUAUCAUUUUGACCACACCUGGACGAUGGAUGGUGAUUAUAACUGGAAAACACUCGCCGACAACUACAAUGAGUGCUAUCACUGCCCUACAGGUCAUCCUGGGGUCAAUGCUGUGGCAGAUCUCUCCCAAUAUUAUGUUGAAACAGUCGGGGGGCAAAUCCGACACUUCAAUACGAACAAGGAUGAAGAGGACAGGACCAUGGCCGUUAUAAGCACCUACCUCUUUCCUAACUCAUCCAUCACAGUAACGUAA